AUGGAUAGCAAGGUUCUUCAAGGAUCUAGUGCCAGAAGAGUUGGCAAAAUCUGGAAGACGCUGGAGGGCUCCAAAAAUCCCAAGCAGAAGACUGCGAAAAUUUUGCUCGGGGUGUCCUCCAGCCAACAGACCCUUUCCCAUAAAAUCUAUGGCGAUUUGGCUCCCUCUAUUACGGCACUCGACUAUGUCUUGCUUGUUUACGUCUGCCCGGUGAUUCCGGCGCGAGUGCAUAUUUUCCAAAAAUCCCCUAAGAGGCAGCUCACGACUGUUACCGAACACAUGCAAUUUGUGGCAAAAUCCACUUUUCGGCCUCAGCUGGCAUCAACAUACUUCCCAGCAUCCUGGACAAAAACUGCCAGAAGUACUCUGGACAAGUUGGUGCAGAGUGACGCCCUGAGGAAGAUCGAUCUGCAGAGAGUUUCCCUUCUCAAUAAGUUUCCGCCUGUCUUGACAUAUCACGACUUUGCAGAGGUCAACAUCAUGGUUGACUCACAAGUUUACGUAACAGGGGUGGUCGAUUUUGAUGCCACUCAAACAGAGGCCUUUGUAUGGGCUUCAGUACCGCUGGAGAUGAGGAGGGAGGAAUUUGAAGAGGCUGUUAUAGUUGCGGUCGAUAUCGGCAUAGUCAAUCGAUAUUUCGUGAGGGGUUUGAUCGAAGAUGUGAAUCUCGAAGGCGAGGAUCAUAGAUCAUCGCUUUAG